CCGCGCCGCUGGCUGGCCCGCCUGCUGCGCUUCCCAGGCAAACCUGUCUCAGUGGGGCGGGGAGCUGAGCUUCCUCCUCCGAGUGCGGUGCAGGCGCCGCCAGAUUCGUCCUUCCGCCCCUGCCUCCGCGGUGUCGCGGCGAGCGAGGGGGCGAGCGGAAGGUGCGCGAUGCGGCCCGCGGGAGCAGCGGCCAUAGCCGGGUCGCCGGCGCGGGACAUGUCGCUCUGCGGGGAACUGCUGCAGGCCCCGCCGUCCCUGGUCUCGCAGCCGCCAGCGGCCGCGCCCUCGGGGCCGCAGCUCAUUGCAGCGGCUGGCGCGACCCUCAACCGCCUUCCUGAGCCGCUGCUGCGGAGGCUCAGCGGGAGCUUGGACCGAGCGCCCGAGGGCCGGGGCUGGAGGAAGCUGGCCGAAGUGGCAGGGAGUCGGGGGCGCCUCCGGCUCAGUUGUCUCGACUUGGAGCAAUGUUCCCUGAAGGUCUUGGAGCCUGAAGGAAGCCCAAGCCUGUGUUUACUGAAGCUGCUGGGUGAGAAGGGCUGUACUGUGGUGGAGCUGAGCGACUUCCUGCAGGCCCUGGAGCACACCGAGGUUCUCCAACUUCUCAGCCCUCCAGGAAUCAAAAUCACUGUAAACCCAGAAUCCAAGGCAGUCUUGGCUGGAGAGUUUGUAAAACUGUGUUGCCGGGCAACUGGACAUCCUUUCGUACAGUAUCAGUGGUUCAAAAUGAAUAAAGAGAUUCCGAAUGGAAAUGCAUCAGAACUUAUUUUUAACACAGUGCAUGUGAAAGAUGCAGGCUUUUAUGUCUGCCGAGUUAAUAAUAAUUUCACCUUUGAAUUUAGCCAGUGGUCACAGCUGGAUGUUUGUGAUGUCACAGAAGUAACAGAAAGCUUCCGGAGAAGUAUCGAUGGCAUCUCUGAAUCCAAGCUGCAAAUCUGUGUUGAACCAAGGUCCCAAAAGCUGAUGCCUGGCAGCACGUUGGUCUUAGAGUGUGUUGCUGUUGGAAGCCCCAUUCCACACUACCAGUGGUUCAAAAAUGAAUCCCCACUAACACAUGAGACAAAAAAGCUAUACAUGGUGCCUUAUGUGGAUUUGGAGCAUCAAGGAACCUAUUGGUGUCGUGUAUAUAAUGAUCGAGACAGUCAAGACAGCAAGAAAGUAGAAGUCAUCAUAGGAAGAACAGAUGAGGCAGUGGAGUGCACUGAAGAUGAAUUAAAUAAUCUUGGGCAUCCUGAUAAUAAAGAGCAAACAGCUGAGCAACCUUUGGCAAAGGACAAGGUUGCUCUUUUGAUAGGAAAUAUGAAUUACUGGGAGCACCCCAAGCUUAAAGCUCCUUUGGUGGAUGUAUAUGAAUUGACCAACUUGUUAAGACAGCUGGAUUUCAAAGUCGUUUCCCUGUUGGAUCUUACUGAAUAUGAGAUGCGUAACGCUGUGGAUGAAUUUUUACUGCUUUUAGACAAAGGAGUCUAUGGACUGUUAUAUUAUGCGGGACAUGGUUAUGAAAACUUUGGGAAUAGCUUUAUGGUCCCUAUUGAUGCUCCAAAUCCAUAUAGGUCUGAAAAUUGUCUAUGCGUCCAAAAUAUAUUGAAAUUGAUGCAAGAAAAAGAAACGGGACUCAAUGUGUUCCUGUUGGAUAUGUGCAGGAAAAGAAAUGACUAUGAUGAUACCAUUCCAAUCUUGGAUGCACUAAAAGUCACUGCCAAUAUUGUGUUUGGAUAUGCCACGUGUCAAGGAGCAGAAGCUUUUGAAAUACAGCAUUCUGGAUUGGCAAAUGGAAUCUUCAUGAAAUUUUUAAAAGACAGAUUAUUAGAAGAAAAGAAAAUUACUGUGUUACUGGAUGAAGUUGCAGAAGAUAUGGGUAAAUGUCACCUGACCAAGGGCAAGCAGGCUCUAGAGAUUCGAAGCAGCCUAUCUGAAAAGAGAGCACUCACUGACCCGAUACAGGGGACGGCGCAUUCUGCAGAAUCCCUGGUGCGGAACCUCCAGUGGGCCAAGGCGCACGAACUUCCGGAAAGUAUGUGUCUUAAAUUUCACUGUGGUGUUCAGAUUCAAUUAGGAUUUGCAGCCGAGUUUUCCAAUGUCAUGAUAAUCUAUACAAGUAUAGUCCACAAACCACCCGAUAUAUUAAUGUGUGAUGCCUAUGUCACCGAUUUUCCACUUGACCUAGAUAUUGAUCCAAAAGAUGCAAAUAAAGAGACACCUGAAGAAACUGGCAGCUAUUUAGUAUCAAAGGAACUUCCCAAGCAUUGCCUCUAUACCAGACUCAGCUCCCUGCAAAAAUUAAAGGAACAUCUUGUCUUCACAGUAUGUUUAUCAUAUCAAUACUCAGGAUUGGAAGAUACCAUAGAGGAAAAGCAGGAAGUGAAUGUCGGGAAACCUCUCAUUGCUAAACUGGACAUUCAUCGAGGCUUAGGAAGGAAGACCAGCUUCCAAACUUGUAUCAUGUGUAACGGCCCUUACCAGAGCUCUGCAUCCACAUCAGCAGGAGCCGCCCAUUAUCAUUCAUCUCAAGACUCAUUCUGUGGUGUUUACCAUUCACAUCUUAGUAACUCAAGCAAUGCUAUGCCGUCAGAUAGCUGUCAGUGCAGCCGAACUGCAGAUGCCUUUAUUUCAAGUCAUCAUACCCACCAUUAUUCAUGUCAGUUUGGCAGAAGUAAUGUGCCAGUAGAGACAACUGAUGAAAUACCAUUCAGUUUCUCUGAUGGGCUCAGAAUUUCUGAAAAGUGACCUCUUUGUUUUGAAAGUUAUCAUAAUCACUAGAUAUCUAACAGUACUCAAAUGAGUGAGGUAUUGUAAAAAGAGCAAAGUAACAGCUGUUACAUGGCAAACUCAGGACUUUGAGAUGUAAAUUCUAUUAUUUAACUACAGACUUCCUCUAAAAUUUUGUGAAUUGGUUGAUUUGUUCUGUAAGUAUGAAGUAUGGAUGUGUAUACGUUUGUGUAUGUAACAAAAAUGUUUUCAUUUUGACCACUUUGAAGAACAGUAGGAAUGGCAUUACUGUAGAACCAGAAAAAGAACGUUGAUGGUCAUCAAACUUAACCUGAUUUCAUCAGUGGAAGAAGCAGAUUGAGGAGCCUUGUUUGAGUUAGGGCUAGCAUCAGAAACGAUACCUCCAGGUUUCUCUUCCUGUGUUUGUUCCACUACAUACUGCCUUCCUGACAGGUUCUGAGAUAGAUAUUAUUUUUGUACAUAGUUUUAAAGAUAGAUAUGUAAAUAUGCAUAUCUAUGUAUAAUCUAAAAAUGUAUGAACUUUAGUUUGUGAUUAUAGGACUUAGCUGCAAAUGCCAGUUAAGAGGUUUGUAUAUAAAUCUUACAUAGAGCAGGCUGAAAUCUGUUUCUUAUUCAUAAGGUCGUGAAAGUACAUGAGAACUGACAAUGUCUAUGUUAAAGCUAGACAGCAGUAUAAUUUUGCUACAGGAUAAUCUUGGUAGCCAUUUACCUGCAUCUUAAAAACACUGGACAUGUCUUCCUUGAUAACAUAUUUUCUCACUGAAUUUUACUGGCCUUAGGAGAUAAUUGCCUUUGGUUCUACCAAAAAAGUAGGUUUAAAGGCAGCUGGCAAUAAAAAAGAUUGAAUUAAUAAUUUUAAAAUAAUCCAUAAAGAAAAAUCCCAGGAGUUCCUGUUGUGGCUCAGUGGUUAAUGAAUUCGACUAGGAACCAUGAGGUUGCUGGUUCGAUCCCUGGCCUUGCUCAGUUGGUUGAAGAUCCGGCAUUGCCGUGAGCUGUGGUGUAGGUUGCAAACGAGGCUCGGAUCCCGCAUUGCUGUGGCUCUUGCGUAGGCCAGUGGCUACAGCUCCGAUUGGAUCCCUAGCCUGGGAACCUCCAUAUGCCAUGGGAGUAGCCCAAGAAAUGGCAAAAAGACAAAAAAAAGAAAAAGAAACAUCCCAGGCCCAGAUAUCUUCACUGCUCUAUUCUACCAGACAUUUAAAGAAAUAGGGAGUUCCUGUAUUGGCUCAAUGGUAACAAAUCUGACUAGUAUACACAAGGACACAGGUUUGAUCCCUAGCCUCCCUCAGUUGGUUAAGGACCCAGUGUUGCCAUAAGCUCUGGUAUAGGUCCCAGGUGCAGCUCAGAUCCCACGUUGCUGUGGUAUAGGCCAGCAGCUACAGCUCCAAUUCUGCCCCUAUCUGGGAACCUCCAUGUGCCACAGGUGUGGCCUUAAAAAGACAAAAAAAUUAAAAUUUAAAAAAUAAAUAGCACCAAUCCUUUGCAAGCAAACACCAACUCAUCUUAUGAGUCUAGUAUCACCCGAAUACAAAACCAAAGACAUUGCAAGGAAAUGCAGGGCAAUAUUUAUUGUGAAUAUGGGCACAAAUCAAUACAAUACUCGCAUACUAAAGCAGCUAGCAGCAUAUAAAAAGGGUCACACACCAUAACUGAGAUUCAUCCCAGGAAUGCAAUGUUGGUUUAACAUCCAAAAUUCAAUGUUACAUGUAAAUUAUGCUCAUUAUUGGAGUUCCUGUUGUGGCUCAGUGGUUAUGAGUCUGACUAGUAUCCAUGAGGACGAGGGUUCGAUCCCCGGCCUUGCUCAGUGUGUUAAGGAUCUGGCAUUCCCGAGAGUACAGGUCACAGAUGUAGCUCAGAUCUGGUAUUGCUGUGGCUGUGGCAUACGCCAGCAGCUAUAACUCUGAUUCAACCCCUAGCUUGGGAACUUCCAUAUUCUGUGGGUGCGGCACUUUUUAAGACAAAAAAUAAAUUAUUUUCAUUAUUCACAGUAGUUGUAUCUAUAAUAUCACUAUGAAUACUGAAUUAGCGAAUACAGAGCCAUUGCUCCUAGGGGAAAUAUGUGUGUUUUAUAUAUAUUAAAUAGAUUAUAAUCCUAAAUCCUAAAAACAUUUUAUCCUGGUAGAUUCUGUUUAUUUUACAAAAGACAAAUGAAGUUCAGAAGUGACUUGCCUGAGGCCACUCAAGCAACAGGCCAGAGUUGGGAUUCAGACCCAUCCACCUGGCCCCAGAAUCAGAGCUUCUUGCUUUACACAGCCUUUCCCCCUGCCUUCUCCAUCCUCUAGUCAGCUCUGCAGGAGUGCUAAAGCAAGAAGACAAAACACUGCCUUGUUUGACCUCAGCUAAGAACAUGGACAUCAGGUAACUUAAAUUUCAUUGAGUCUGCACAUGCCCAUGGAUGAUCAUAAAAGCACUGCAAGUAUUGAUUUGUGAGUUAAAAAUUUUAAAUAAUGAGCAAAUUCACAAAACAGAAUCUUGAAUGAUGAGGAUCAUGUUCAUAAAGAGCCAAAGGACCACACUGUCUUAACUGUAUUAAUAGAUGCAGAAAAAGCAUUUGAUAAAAUUCAGCACCCUUUCAUGAUAAAAAUACUCAAACUAGGAAUAAAAGGGAACUUCCUCAAGAUGAUAAAGGGCAUCUAUACAAGAAAAACAAAAAAAAAUCUUAACACCGUUCUCAAGAGCAAUAGACUAAAUACUGAAUGUUUUCCCCCUAAGAGCACGAAUAAGACAAGGUUAUUCAUUCUCACCACUUCUAUACAACAUUGUACUCCAGACAGUAGCCAGGACAAUUGGGCAAGAAAAUGAAAUAAGGGUAACCAUACUGGAGAAGAAGGAAAACAAAAUGUAUUUCACAGAUGACAUGAUCUCGUUAUAUAAAAAACUAAGGAAUUCAUUUUAAAACUAAUGAGUUCACCAGGUUGCAAGAUAGAUACAAAAUCAACAUACAAAAAUAAGUGUUAUCUGCGCUAGCAAUGAACAUUAUAGAAUUGGGAUUUUAAAAUUCUGCUUAUAAUAGCAUUAGAUGAAUAAAAUAAAGCUGCAAAACACAGAGAAAAGGAGAUGUAAAAAAAAUGGAAAGACAUUUUUUUUCAGUUUGGAAGAUUUAACAUUGUUUAAAUGGCAAUACUGCCCACAUCACUCUGCAGAUUCAAUGCAAUUCCCAUCAAAAUCCCAGCUGGCUUUUUUGUAAACAUUGAUGAUAAAAUUCACACAGAAAUACAAGAAUCCCACAGUAUCCAACAUGAUCUUGAAAAAAGAACAGAGUGGAAAGAUUCACACUUAACCAACUUCAGAGUUUUUUACAAAGCUACAGUAGUCAAAACAGUGUUAUUAGCAUAUGGAUAGACAUACACAUCAAAGGAAUAUAAAAUAUAAUGGUCCAAAAACAAACCCAUACACUUUAUGAUCAACUGCUACUCGGUAAAGUUGCUAAUGGCAUCUAAUAAGAGUAGUCUUUCAACAAAUGAUUCUAGAACAACUAGGUAGUCACAUACUAAAGGACUCCUUCCUUAUACAGAAAUUUUCACUCAAAAUGGAUCAUACACCCAAAUAUAAUAGCUAAAACUAUAAGAUUCUUACAAGGAAACACAGAAGUAAAUCUUCAUGACCUGGAGCUAAACAACAGCUUCUUAGAUAACAACCCGCAAAGUACAAGCAACAAGGGAAAAAAAUGAGCUAAACUUAAUUUUUUGUGCUUUACGGGACACCACCAAGAGUGAAAAGACAACCCACAAAAUGAGGAAAUUUGAAAAUCAUAUCUGAUAAGGGACCUGUAUCCAGACUACAUGAAGAAUUCGUAACAAGCCUUUUAUACACUAGUACAUAACUAUGGUUACUAUGGAGCAAUGGAACUGUCCAAUGGGACUUUUGUGAUGAUGGAAAUGUUCUCUGUCUUCACUCUCCAAUUCGAUGCCUUCUAGUCCCAUUUGGUAAUUAGGCAACUGCAAUAUAGCUAAUGUGAGAGUCCGCGUUUUUUUUUUAAUUUUGGUUUUAAUUUACAAAGCUAUAUAUAGUGGCUUCUAUAGCCAACUGUGAAGCUGCAUAAAACAGGGUUAGAAGUUAGGUAGGGUAAAGGGAAUUUUGCCUUUCACUUUGUAUUUUUCUAUAUAUUUGAAUUUUUUAAAGCAUGUAUUUAUAAUCUUAAGACAUUUAAAAAAUAGCAAUGGUGCAGUUUGUUUUUUCCAUCAGCCAUACUUUUAUUUUACUUGAAUCUCUCACACCAAUUGCUUUGUCAGUUAGGCAUAGGAUUUUCUGUAACAUCAGUGGAAUUUAGAAAAGGUAACCUAUCUGCACCAAUGACAAAGUGAGGAAGAGAUUAGGAUAGUGAAGGCUUACUAAAUUCAAAGCUAACUUGAUUCUGGGGAAGGGAUAUUUUCUAGAAAGUAACUUUGAAAAUUAUAAAGUAGCAAUUAUAAAUUACAUGUUUUCUAACAAAAGAAAUCAAACCUCAAUACAUGGGAUCAUUUGAAUAUACACUUUAAAGGGUUAUUCAUCCAGAGAUGAACAGGUAGAUAAAAAGAGAGGUGUAGCCUUAGCAAAGAACGUCUUUAAAGAAUAUUGAAAAGGGAUAUCUAGACCUUUGGUUUUUCCUCAAUCUCCAGUGUUCAUUACUUUUUUUUUCCAAACCUCUAGCUUGCACAUGAAGAAACAAUGAAGUGGUCUCUUCAGUAAAGACAAUUUUUUCAACUUGUCAAACUCAAUCAUGGAGCCAGAUAACUGAGAUAUUGACACAAAGAUCUGCACAUGCUCAAUGUCAGGAUGAGAGCUGUUUUUAAAGGCCUAAUAAAUUUUAAGUUGUUUCCUGUUAUUUGAACAUUCCCCUCGGUAUUUGUAUGCUAUUGCUUUUAACUGUCACUGUUGCAAAAACUCACUUUACUUCAACCAGUUUUUCUAGUUCAAUAUUGUGAGUUUUAUUCAGGCCCAACUAAAAUAUAUUUUCAAUACUUGCCUUUGUAUUAUGACGUAUUUCUCAUUGAUAAACUUAAGAAAAUAUACCUAGAACAUGAGAAUAUUUGUAUAAAUGUAUGUAAUUUUUUUUCUCAGUUUAACAGCAUUAAAAACAUUUUAGCAUCAAAGUUUGGCUUUACU